GCUAAGUACACAACCCUGCCGGGUGAUACGCGAGUUGUGAAGGGCAAAAAGGACGACGCCUUCAAUUACAAAACAACCCUACCGGGAGUUUACAAAGUUCAAUCCAACCGCAAUACUCAGUUCCAUUAA